GCAGUCCUUCGCUGCGCGCUGACCCCGAGGAAGGCAGUACUUGGUCAGGGCGCUGAGGGACCCUCCACCGGGACGCCGGCCCCUCCCCGGGCCUCUGCUCACUUGACCCCCACUCCCUAGUCCGUCCCCUUAGUAGGCCUGUCGGAUCGGGGACGUGGGGCGAGCUGAGAGCAGGCCCGGGGUGGGUGGUCACCGUGGUGAAGACGUGGCUGUCAAGAUGAUAGAAGUACUGACAACUGACUCUCAGAAACUGCUACACCAGCUGAACACCCUGUUGGAACAGGAGUCUAGAUGUCAGCCAAAGGUCUGCGGCUUGAAACUAAUUGAGUCGGCCCAUGAUAAUGGCCUCAGAAUGACUGCAAGAUUACGGGACUUUGAAGUAAAAGAUCUACUUAGUCUAACUCAGUUCUUUGGCUUUGACACGGAGACAUUUUCCCUAGCUGUGAAUUUACUGGACAGAUUCUUGUCUAAAAUGAAGGUACAGGCGAAGCAUCUUGGGUGUGUUGGACUGAGCUGCUUUUAUUUGGCUGUGAAAGCGACUGAAGAGGAAAGGAAUGUCCCACUGGCGACUGAUUUGAUCCGAAUAAGUCAGUAUAGGUUCACGGUUUCAGACCUGAUGAGAAUGGAGAAGAUUGUGUUGGAGAAAGUGUGUUGGAAAGUCAAAGCUACUACUGCCUUUCAAUUUCUGCAGCUCUAUUAUUCACUCGUUCACGACACCUUGCCAUUUGAGAGGAGAAACGAUCUGAAUUUUGAAAGACUAGAAGCCCAACUUAAGGCCUGCCACUGCAGGAUCAUAUUUUCUAAGGCAAAGCCUUCUGUGCUGGCGCUAUCUAUCCUUGCGUUGGAGAUCCAAGCACUGAAAUACGUAGAGUUAACAGAAGGAGUAGAAUGUAUUCAGAAACAUUCCAAGAUAAGUGGCCGAGAUUUGACCUUCUGGCAAGAGCUUGUUUCCAAGUGUUUAACUGAAUAUUCAUCAAACAAGUGCUCCAAACCUAACGGUCAGAAGUUGAAAUGGAUUGUGUCUGGACGCACUGCACGGCAACUGAAGCACAGUUAUUAUAGAAUAACUCACCUCCCAACGAUUCCUGAGACCAUUUGUUAGUUGAUAAAUCUGGUUGUUAUUCUCUGUAUACAGAAAAUUUUCCAGUAUGAUCAUUUUCUGCUACAACUGAAGAAUUGAAAUACUAUCUUCAAUAUAAAGAAUAUGGGAUGAAAACAUAAAGGAAAAGUGAAUUGUUGACUGGUCUAGAUAGAGAAUACUGGAAGGCAUUCACUGUGUACAGUGCGUAGCAGUUUUAAGAGAAAAGACAUAUCAAACCCCUAGAUAUACGCUAAUACUUUUCAUCAAAAGAUUAGCGUAGUAGCAAAGAGAAUACUUUAAACUCGAAUUUUAAAAGUAGUUACUGAAAUAGCACUUCUUUAAAUUACGUACCACCCCACUGUAGCUUAUUUAAAGUUGCAUAAGCCCAUGCAGAACAACAAGCAAUGUGACCCAUAUAUGAACAAAUUUUAAUCUGCCCAUCGACUAUGAAAAUGAAGUACAAACCUGGGUGAUGGACUUACAAAGUAAUAUAGGGCAUGCCCAUGUUAGGUUUCUGGAAACUGCCAGAGUGUCUUAAUUCUAUAGCUAGUAUUUUACCUCUAUAGCAUUUGGACUAAUACAAAGUAAUUAUAUGCAUGAAAAUAUAAAAUUGGUCUCUGAUACAUACACAUUUUUGACAUCUAAAUUUCUUAAUCAUAGCAAAGAUUUAUCUUUUUAUGAUUAAAAACAAUUUUUUCCUUAAUGCAUGGCAGCACAUGCCUUUAAUCCCAGCACUAGAGAGGCAGAGACAGGUAGAUCUCUGAGUUCAAAGCCAGGCUGGUCUACACAGUGAGUUCCAAGACAGCUAGAGACCUUGUCUCAAAAACACUCAAAACAACCAAACACCAGGGGUAAAUGUUGCUGGGAAGUCAGGGAAGAUGGUUUAGAAGGGAAGCCUGACAACCUGACUUCAUUCUUCAGGACCCACAUGAUGGAAGGAGAGAACGAAGAACUCCCAAGUUCUCUCACAUAUGCACAUACCUCACCACCCCCCGCAGGAAAUACAUGAUCAUGCGUCUGAGAUAUCACCAGUUCACCUUUAGCAGCUCGCAGUUUGUAGGCAGAUUUCUGUUAAGUUGGGUCUGUGUUGUUUGCCUAUGUAGCAGGAUUACAGCAGCAGCAAAAACGGUCCCUCAAGUCUUUCUGCCACUCUGACCUGAGUUUCCUACGGUACAGGAUUUACUCUGAGAAACCUCAGCACCUUGCCACAGUAGCCUUGGCAGAAUGGCCUCACGGUUAGGGAAACUCCUGAUUCUAAGCUUGGGAGAGCUACGCUUAGAUUUGAAUUCACCCAGGAAGCAUUCAAAUCAAGGCUAAAGACAUAAAUGUGAAAUAAAACUGUGAACCUUCAUUCUAAAGUUCAUCUGACUUCCCAGAUUUGAUCAAUAUAUUCUUAGGUGGUAUUAAAAAUGGUAAACUGCUUAAUUUAAAUCUCAAAAUUUAAAUUAUGAGGUUUACAUAAAAACCAACAUUUCAUGAAUGCACUUUUAAGGUAUUAAAAGGGGUACUUAAGCGGUAAAUGGUUUCUUGGCACCCAUAACCAAGUAAUAGUUAAUUUACAGGUGGGAUUUUUUUUUAUUGCUAUGAGAAUUACAUUUAAAAUUGUGGGUGUUUUAUAUAAAGCAGAUAUCACAAGUUUUGAAAAUUUGUUACCUUUAAUAUUUCUUCUAGAGAAUAGGUGUUUGUAUCCAUAAUAAAAGAAAAAUUUGUCAGAACUGCUGCUUCAAUCUAAUCCCAUUUGAGAGAAUUGUCUUUACUGUCUUAAUAACUGGAUGAAUUAUCACUCUGAAAAUGUAUUUAUUGCACUAAAGUUAGUUUAGGCUUGAUAAAACACUCCAGACAUUUUUACUACAGACUGUUUCUAUAAAACUGCCAUUGCUUCUAAUGGAGAAUUUUAUUUUAAAAGAAAUAAAAUUGCUGAGUUUAUCUGCAAAACCUUUCUCUAAGUCUUAUGGGACGUAAGGAGACACCUCCAUAAUUAUAAGAGCCGUUGUGCUCAGAGUCUCCAUGCUGGCUUGAAUGUAUGAUCCACACUGUUAAAACAUAGGCAGCAGCUCAGGGCCCUGGACAGCCUGAGUCAACCUAGAGUAGCUGGAACCAUUUUGACAUGUAAUGGAUAAGAAAAUUAUCCAUUGAGAAGCUGAACAAUAAACCAAAGAACGGGUGUAUUUUAUCCUUAACCUCUGUAAACCACGUUACACUGAGAACACUUCAGUUCUUCCUAAAGGUUGAUAGGCUUCAGUCUGAAAACAAUAUUGAUUUGGAGUGGACAGAAGUUAACUAACCAACUACCAUUAUGUUUUGAAUACACCUUUCAAUAAAAUGAUUGAAAUGCAA